CAUGAUCAUCACUUCUCAUCGGUAUGAGCACCUGAGAACAGACGAGAACUUGGUGCUUCCAUCAUUGCGCUGUUGACUUGCUGGCCCUAAAAGAGAUGGAGACCCUCACGCCCACUGGUAAUCGACAUCGUGCCUGCGACCCUUGUCGCAAGCGCAAGAUCAAAUGCUCGCAGCAUACGCCGCUGUGUAGACGAUGUGACAACAUGAGGCUGCAAUGCCAGUACUCGGCCAUCAAGACCAUGGGCCGACCCAGGAGGAAGAAGAGUAGCCAGGCUGGCGAUGGCCUGAGACCUCAAGCCAGGACGAGACCAGAAGACGAGCUCAAUUUGUCAACCAUGUUCCCCAUGGGUUCCUUACCCGAUGGUCUGGACCAGGACUUCCCCGACUUUGGGCCAUUACUACCGUUUGACUCAUCUCUUCACUCGACGCCCCUCUGGCCUAGUCUCCCAGACAUGCCAGCGCCAGCAGUAGACGCAACGACGGGAUCGUUCGCUGCUGGCGUCGGCACACCAGCCCAUGACAUUCAGACAUUGCCCUCGCCAUGGCCAUCAGCGUCCCAGCAGCAGACCCUCCCUCGCCCUGGGAACAAAUGCGCCUGCCUGGAGAUGGUCCACCGCCACUUUGCCCUCGCCGACGACAACGACCACUCCUUCACCAAGACGCUCUCGCACCUCCAGUCCUCGGCGGCAUCCGCCUCCCAGAUCCUGAACUGCAGCGCCUGCUUCGACCCCAACAACUCCCUCUACGGUCUCUCCAAGAACAUCCACCUGCUGGGCAGCCUCAUGUCGAGUAUCGCAAGCACGUACGCAAGCUUCCUCACGUAUCAGCGCAAAGUCGCCAUGGACGCCUCCGCCCAGGACGACAAGAUCCACCUCCCGAUUGGCCCCGACGCAGGCGUCCAGUUCCGGCUGUCGGGCCAGGAGUACUGGUCUCUUCUCAAGACGACGGUCGGUUCCGAGAUUGACCACGUCAUGCGCCUGUGCACCUCCUUUGCCGAGCGCCAGACCAAGACGCACUCGCGAGGCCACGAGGUCUGCGAGUCAGGUAAGCCCUGCCACAAGGAGGAAGAGGUGGUCGAGGAGGACAAGUGUCCGAGCAACGUCAACAUUGCCAAGAGCUACUCUUGCUUCCGGACGGUCGAGCAGGUCAGAGCUGCGAUCCUGGAAGCGAGGAGAAUCGUCAGGGGCGAAGGUUGGGGCGAGGUGAACGGACAACAGUGUUUGUGAUCUGGCGUUCCCUCACGAUGGCACGAAUUGUAUGAAACGAUACCCCCAUUUGUGUACAGCCUGUACAUCUAUGUCUAAUUCUAUUCAUUCACACCUCCCACAACACUGUCAUGAUCGCGUCACAGCAAUCGCCUUCUCCAGGAUAUCAAGCCCCUCGUGAAUCUCCGCCUCGCUGAUCGUCAAGCUCGGCACGAACCGCAGCGUGUUCACGCCCG